AUGGACUCUGGCACUUCUAGGCAUGGCUCUCCCAGCAAACGCCAGAAGCUCACUCCCAGAGCUCAUGAACUGGGGGUGAUGCGGAAGUUUACUGACAAUGGCUCUGAAUCGGCGUCGUUCCUAGGCUCCUCGAGCGGAAUCCACUUCAUUCGUAUCGUCUACAAUGCCUUUGCCCGCCGGUCAGCGCAUCUCAAGAAGCCGCAGCAGACUUCCAAAGACGCGCAAGUGCCCGGUGAAGACGACCAGCUACACCAUCAGUACCCCGACCUCUGGUAUCCGCAUGAGUUGGACCUCCAGGCGAACGCGUCUCUACCCACAUUCGAAGCUCUAGUCCAAUGGACCAGACCGUAUUUUGAGAACUGGCACGCCAUUUUUCCGUUCCUCUCUGGGCCAACAUUCCUCGUUAUUCUAGAGCAUCUCGGUCGCGAUGGGUUCAGAGCGCUCUCGGUUGCAGAUGGGAUCCUUGUGCGGUCAAUCGUCUCGAUAUCACUCAUGGAUCGCCGGCAAACCAAGCUUCGUGGUGCUCAGAUCCCUAUUCCAGCAGCGCUGGUCUUCCGCUCUGUUCACCAGGCUAUGGAAAGUCUGUAUACUCUGCUCUGCGCGCCACCUUCUAUCCGUAUCCUACAAGCAGCUUUUGGCGUUCAGCUGUUUCUGACGUCUCUUCUCCGGCUCAACGCAGCCUCUCGAAUCGGUGGAACUAUUAUACGCACGGCAUUUCACCUCGGGUUGCACCGGUGUCCUGUACGGUUCUCAUUUAGUGGUCCUGAGAUCGCCACUCGCCGGAGGUUAUUCUGGUCUAUAUACUGUCUUGAGAGAUACCUCUCGCAGGCCCUGGGAAUACCACUUGGCAUCAAAGACGACGAUAUUGACGUCUGCUAUCCAAAUGCUGAAAUUCAUAGUUCGGUAGAUGAAGGCGCUCAACUCCUCACUAUCGCUUUCUUAGAUCAUAGACUUCGUCUGUUAGGUUACCUGGCAAAAUUUGCGAGUCUCCGCGGACGUAUUAUUGAAGUACGGAAUAAGUCGAUCAUUCAUAGAGAAGACUCUAUGGACGCGACCCAGGCUCUUCAUGGUGAGCUAACGCACUGGUGGAACGAAGUCUACGACGAUGUCUAUCCCCUUGGGGUCGACGAUGCCGACACUAUAGUAUCGAGUCCCAUUGCGCCGUUCCACCGUACCCUCCUCAUCGCUCUCCGUCACGAAGCCAUCAUUUCACUGAACCGUCCGCUGCUGGCAGCCGAAGCGGCUUCUCCGGAAUAUCGCACCGCUCUACAAAUCUGCAUCGAGUCCUCACGCUCCCUAAUCACCACGCUACGACAGUUUCUCGCUGAAUCUUCUGGCUCUUCCACACCACUUAUAUGGCCAUCAUUCACUUGGGCCGUGUGGAUGAGCUGCCUGAUCCUAAUCUACGCCGCAUGGGAAGGCGAGUUUCCCGCUUCCUCGGCAUCUAGAAGUGGUCUCGCCAUCCUCAAGCAUCUUUCGCAGCGUGGCAACACUUGGGCACAAACUUGCAUCGAAGCCAUCCGUGACCUUGACUCCGCCCUUACGACUCCAGAACAACAGACACCCGCAAAUCCGAGAACUACCGAAACCAGCCAAGACGACAGAGGCAAGAAUCCCAACGCCUCCGCCGAUACCGUUGUUUCCGGCAUCCAUCUCGAUCAUCACCUCCAACAGGCGCCCUCCUCAACACCCGGAGAAGGACACCUUUCAACGCCUACCCCACAUGCCGCAGCAAGCCACCAAUGGAACGACCCCUCCAUGAUAUUUGGAAAUCAAGCAAUCAAUAAUCUUGCUGCGGCUUCAGGGCUCGUGUUAGGGACGGGAUUACCAGACUUAUCCAAUGGUGGUGAAGGUGGUGAAGAGGGAUUUGGAAUAGGCGAUUUGUGGAGUUUGGCAGACGGGCCAUGGUUGAUACACGAGAGUCAUGACCUUGCAGAGAAUGUUCAAAACAAUGCUGACUUCACGCUAUAA